AUGUCAACAGCGCCUCCGGCUGAGUGCAGCUGGAGGACAAGGCCGUCGCCUGUUCGCGGCAACGCAAUUCCAACCACAGUUGGCUGUGCUCGACGAUGCGGCUGGAAGAGAUGUCGACUCACAUGGUCGACUCAGCGAUCCAGGUUCUUGCCAAGCACUCCUCCGCCAUGCCUGCGCAUGCACGGCAGCUGCAGUGAAAAUCCGAAAUGGGCACUGGAGGCGUUGAAAGCCAAAGGGUAUGUCAUCGUGCAGUUCACCCCCGAGGAGCAGGCCUGCCUGAAUGACUUGUACCGCUGCAGCCGCGAGUUUUUCAGCAAUCCUUCGAGGUACAAGGAGGGCUUCAAGUUCUUCCCAAUCCCGGGUGGCUACUUGACUCCCUUUCCGGGUACUUACGAGGUGUUCGAGCUUCGCCGAGGAUUGCCCAGUUGUCCUGCAGAACUUCGCCAGGCUAUGGAAGCGUUUGCUUUGUUGGAAAAGGUGGCCAUUGACUUUUCUGCAGAGAUUGGUCACGACGUCGGCCUUGAUUUGCACCGAAUGCCAAAUGACACUUCGUCAACCAUGAGGUGCAUUCACUACGACCGCCCUCUUGAGAGCCGCGGUGCUACAGACUUGCCCCAGGUGGCGAUACCAAGCAUUGCUGUGGGAGCAGAGGUGCGGCUGGUAAACUUGCAAGGCGGCGAGGCGACUCUGAAUGGGUGCAAGGGCGUUGUUGCUGGCAUGGACAAGGACGACUUCCAAGUGUCCCUGGCCGGGGCACCAGAGGCAGUACUCAGCGCCAGAGGCACUAGAUCAAUCGUCGUGCGGCAGGACAAGCUUCGUCUACUUCGUCCUGAUGCUCCCGGAAUGUAUCCAGCCCAUACCGAUUCAUCGUUGAUCACGGUCGCGCCGAAAAGCUCUGCACCUGGAUUGGAGGUGAAGGAUCUGCAAACCGGCGAGUGGUUCAACAUCGAGGACAUGCUACAAGUCGGUGAAGCCCUGCUAUUUGUGGGCGAUCCGUUGGACUAUGCAUCUGGCCACCGGUACCCUGCUUUGAUGCACAGGCCAGCAGUCUGCAGAGCUGGCUCAGCUCCUGCGGCAGAGCACCGGAUCUCAACGCCUUUCUUCCUCUACCCUCGGUCCGAUGCUGUGUUGGCUCCAAGCUGGCUACCGCGCUUGGUUUUCGAAGAUUUAAAUGGCAAUGUCAACAAAUGCCGUGAUCGAUUUCCGUGGAAGAAACACACGUGCUACUACAGCGACCUGGUCUAUUCUGAGCAGAAAGACUAG